AUGGACUCUACUCACCGCCAUGGAAUGCACACUUCUCUCCACUUCUGGAACCGCAGCACCUACGGACUGCACAGCAAUGCCAGUGAGUCCCUUGGAAAAGGCUACUCUGAUGGAGGGUGCUACGAGCAACUUUUUGUCUCUCCUGAGGUGUUUGUGACUCUGGGUGUCAUCAGCUUGUUGGAGAAUAUUCUGGUGAUUGUGGCAAUAGCCAAGAACAAGAAUCUGCAUUCACCCAUGUACUUUUUCAUCUGUAGCCUGGCUGUGGCUGACAUGUUGGUGAGCGUUUCAAAUGGAUCAGAAACCAUUGUCAUCACCCUGUUAAACAGUACAGAUACGGACGCACAGAGUUUCACGGUGAAUAUUGAUAAUGUCAUUGACUCAGUGAUCUGUAGCUCCUUACUUGCAUCAAUUUGCAGCCUGCUUUCAAUUGCAGUGGACAGGUAUUUCACUAUCUUUUAUGCUCUCCAGUAUCAUAACAUUAUGACGGUUAAGCGGGUCGGGAUCAUCAUAAGUUGCAUCUGGGCAGCUUGCACGGUUUCGGGCAUUUUGUUCAUCAUUUACUCAGAUAGUAGUGCUGUCAUCAUCUGCCUCAUCACCAUGUUCUUCACCAUGCUGGCUCUCAUGGCUUCUCUCUAUGUCCACAUGUUCCUCAUGGCCAGACUUCACAUUAAGAGGAUCGCUGUCCUCCCAGGCACUGGCACCAUCCGCCAAGGUGCCAACAUGAAGGGGGCGAUCACCUUGACCAUAUUGAUUGGAGUCUUUGUGGUCUGCUGGGCCCCAUUCUUCCUCCACUUAAUAUUCUACAUCUCUUGUCCCCAGAAUCCAUACUGUGUGUGCUUCAUGUCUCACUUUAACUUGUAUCUCAUACUGAUCAUGUGUAAUUCCAUCAUCGAUCCUCUGAUCUAUGCACUCCGGAGCCAAGAACUGAGGAAAACCUUCAAAGAGAUCAUCUGUUGCUACCCUCUAGGAGGCCUUUGUGAUUUGUCUAGCAGAUACUAA